UACUCGAUGUGAAGUACUCGCUGGAAGAUAAAGAGUUACAGAUCUUGAUUCAGCUCUCUUACACAAUCUUUGACGCGAAGUUAAGUAUUGAAUAUGCUUAUGGGAGAGAGAUCUACCCAUUGGAGCAACAAGAAUUGAUAUACAAUGGUAUUUGCUUGAAGGAUGAGCAAACCGUGACUAAGACCGAGGUGUAUGAAAGUGUUUCUAUCUUCUUUAUUGGUUUGGGUUUGGUGGAAAUAGAAGAAUACGGAUAUGAGGUGAUGCAAGACGAAGAACGAGCUACGGAAGGUGAUCCCUUUAGAAAUACUGUCUUAUUUUCUCAACUUUCAGAUCUUCCUCUCCAUGUUUCGUUUCUUUCCUCCAUCAACACGUCAUCAGAUGUUGCGCUCACCGAGAUAGAGCACUUGAUUGGAGAUGGGGCCAAGAACCAGAUCACCACGAACCCCAUCAACACUGUCUUUGAUGCUAGGAGGCUGAUUGGUUGUACAGUGAAGCUUCUGUUCAGAGUGACCUUACAUUGUGGCUAUUCAAGCCCAUGGCUGUGGUCAUUUGCUGGGGAGAAUCCCAUGCUUUUGUACGUCUUGUAUGGCAUCCUCCAUGGCCAAGAGGUGUCACUCACUCACUCAUGGUCCAACAAUCCCAAACCCUAGUUUCUCAAUCCAAAAAACCCAAGUCCCCCCAUCUCCAGUUACUUCCCCACCUAAUUGGAACUGGUCCUGUCGGCUUCAGAAGCUCAACCAGGCCAAGACAAAUGACUCUGUUACUCCGGCCAAGAUAGAGGGGGCUGGAAUCGUGCUCUGCCUGGAGACAGAGGACGUCAAAGUUGCCAUUGUGAAGGCCAUGAAUGCGGGAGCCAUAGCUGUGAGUGAGAAUCGGAAAGAUUGGCUUUCGUUGGUUGCCAUGCACAUCGAUUCUUGGUUGCUUUCUGUAGCUUUCUAUCUUGGAGCCUGUCUUAACCACAAUGAAAGGAAGUGUCUAUUUAGCUUGAUCAAUGAUCCGCCCACCGUUUUUGAAGUUGUGACGAAGAGGAAGCCUAUGAAAGACAAGCCCAACGUGGAUAGGGGAAGCAAAUCUCGGGGUUGCACAUAGAGAUCAAUUGAUGGACAAGUUCAUAACAACCCUAAGCUUGCCGAUGGAGGAAGACGAUGAGCAUACCGAAACCCUUUGUGGGAGUUGUGGUGGAAAUUACAGUGCAGAUGAGUUUUUGGAUUGGCUGUGUCUAUGAGAGAUGGUUCCAUGGAAAGUGUGUGAUGAUAACACCUGCUAAGGCAGCGAACAUCAAGCAAUACAAAUGCCCAUCUUGUAUGAAGUGGGGGAGGCUGGGGUUUGUUGAUAAUAACAAGAUCAGGUUCCUUGCUCUCACGGGCAAGGAGAUUUUGGGUGAGGUUCCUUCUAGAAAAUUGUUUGAAUUAGACUCAAUUAAUUAUUGGUAUUAUCUCUCACUUUUAAACAUAUAUGCUGAAGUUGUGGGGGCUUUAGGAGAUAGAAUGUUGGAACAA